AUGAUGGCCUCAAGACGAAGUCUUCAAGUCCAGCCAGACUACGCCUAUGGAAAUGCAGUUCUGGAUACCUCCAGAAGCCCCAUUCCAACGACCUCUUCCACACCACUCAUCCACUCGGAUGCGAUGUACACUCCUACUGGCUACACUAUCGGAGCAUCCUCUGCCGUCUACGGAUCCGCUGGACCCAGUUACGAUUCUUACACCGGGCAAACCUCAAGUUGGGAACCUCAAGGAAGGAUCUCAUCCGAGGGGGCUUAUAUGGAUGAGUAUGUUGCACCCCCGAGUCCAACGGAUUACGUGCUUGAGCCUUCAAGCAAGUCUGCUGGCAAGUCUAAGAGCGAAGCGAAGGGGCACCAGCAAAGACGUCCGUCAAACAGGGAUGAAUUUGACGGACCGCACCAAUAUAUUCCGAGGCCAUCACCAGAAUACAUUGCCCAACAGGAGAGAGAACUGCCCCACCUGCCAACCAAUCUCGUCGUCCACGAGCAGGAUAGUAUCCUUACCCGAGUCAAUGACCGGCUGUCUCAAUGUGCCUUCGACUUCGUGGCGAAGUACCAGUUCCCGAUCCCUCUAGCCAAUGGGGAGAUGCGGCCAGUGGAAAGACCCCAAGACCGGGAGUGGACUGAGUGGGUAUAUCUCUUGAAACGUCUCGCUACCAAGCGACGGAUACCAGCCAGGGUGUUGUACAAUGGCCAGAUCAAACAGUUCAUCACCAUUUUGGAGAACUCCCUCGAGAUGCGGCAUGCCGCCAAACACCAAUCCCGACCCCUCAAGGACGACAGGAACAUACUUCAACUCAUCUCUGCUGGCAUCCAGGUCGCCAAACUGUUACGGGAUGCGGAUGCAAUGAGCUAUAUGGACCAAUUAUACCUUGCAACGGAGAACACAAUCAAUUCGAGAAGUUCU